CGGUGAAGCAUGGUGUGCUGUGGUUUCAUGAGCCUUUCAAGCCAGUCUUCUCGCAGCGACUGAUAGCAUUAGAUAAGCAAUAUCAACAAUGGAGAAUUUUGUGUCUCUGGAGGAAAGUUAUUGCGAGAUCGAAAGACAGAACGCUGAAAAUGAAGAGGAUUCCUUCUCAAGCGAUUCCUGCUCAGAAAAUGAAGAUGAAAUACUUCAUAACGAUGAUAUACAAGAUGAUGAGUUCAGUGUCGACGAGGAAGACGAUAUGUCAAUCAGUUCAGAUGAUGUUCUAAAUAGUAGCUAUGAGCCAUUAGAAGAUGAGAGAAAAUUUUUUCUUGGCAAAGAUAUGGAAACAAUUUGGACAAACUUACCACUAUACCCGAAAGCAGCAAAGACACUUCAACAGAACAUCAUUUCUCAUCUCCCCAGGCCGAACGCUGCUGCUUGUGGGCUCACUCAAGAAAAUGAUAUUUUUUCUUUAUUUAUUACAGACGAGAUGAUUAACAUUAUUGUCGAAUUCACCAAUGCAAAAAUAAGAAAAAAAUCGACCAAGUAUGCAUCAAAGCAGUGGUAUAUAGCACCUACUGAUCCUAUAGAGAUAAAAGCCUUAUUAGGGCUGCUUUAUAUGGGUGGAGUGCUAAAGGACUCCGAUCUCCGUACGGCUGAUAUGUUUUCUAAUAGAUACGGACCUCCCAUAUUUCGAUGCGUGAUGUCUAAGAAUAGAUUCGAAUUCCUCCUACGAUGUCUUCGUUUUGACGACAAAAGAACACGUCAAGCCAGAAAAUCAACUGAUUCGUUUGCGCCUUUUAGAGAAUUCUGGGAUAUGUUCAACGAUAACUGCAAAACUUACUACACUCCAUCAGACUAUUUGACCGUUGAUGAAAUUAUUCUAGGGUUUAGAGAGAGGUGCCCUUUCAAACUCUUCCAACCCCAAAAGCCUGAUGAAUAUGGCAUGAAAAUAAUUUCAAUGUGCGAUGCCAAAACAUUCUAUUUUUGUUCGGGAAUACCGUACAUUGGCUGCAAAAAAAGAGGAAAGAAUGAUUUAUUGGACCCCACGCAAUAUGUUCUAAGUCUCACAGAACCAAUAAAAAAUUCGGAUAGGAACGUGACCGUGGAUAAUUGGUUUAUGUCUUAUGAACUGGCACAAGAAAUGCAAGAAAGGAGGCUAACGGUUGUUGGGUCUUUGAGAAAAGAUAAACCUCAGAUCCCACCUAUGAUGCUAAAAAUCAGACAAGAAACUUCAAAAUUUCUAUAUGAUGACAACAACGUGUUAAUUUCGUUUAUUCCUAAGAAGAAUAAAAAUACUAUUGUCUUGUCCACAAUGCACUCAAGUGGAAUGAUAGAUGAAGAUGGGAAACCAGAAGUGAUUCUAUUCUACAAUAUGACUAAAGGAGGAGUUGACAUGGUCGACAAACUGUGUCAACAUAAAAGCACAAAACGACAAACAAGAAGAUGGACGCUGAGAUAUUUUUAUAGCGUUUUAGAUCUCGCGGCAUUAAAUUCCUACGUGAUUUUCAAGCUAAAUAAAAAGUUUGCUCAAUUCUCAGGAACAGUCAGGACUGAUUUCCUAAAAUAUCUUGCUUAUUCUUUGGCAGAGCCGCAGGCUAAGAGAAGACUGGAAGCACGUAAUUUGUCACAUUCAAUUAGACUGUCCAUUAUAGAAUUCCUGGGAAUUAAAGAGAAUGUUGCUCAUACUUGGGAUGCCCCAGCUGACUCUUGGGACUCGUCUGUACCUUCAAUAGAAAAACUUGGUAGAUGUAACGUUUGUAAGAUAAGCAAAAUACACAAAGAUAGAAAAGGCCGCUCUUUUUGUACGAUAUGCAGGCAAAGUCUUUGCGGAGAACAUAAAAGAAUAGUUUGUCCGAAUUGCUUAGAAAUUAUUUAAUAGUCUAAUUUAACAAGUUCCUAAUAAUUUUAUAUGUGAUAAUUAUCAAUAUAUG